ACUUGAUUUCAACGGGCCGUGGUGGACCAAGCGUGUCGCGAUAUUUUCCUGCGCAUCAAAAUCGUGGAUUCGACAAUGGGAAUACACGCCUCCAAAGGUAGGUCUUCAGCCUCUAAAAGCCGAGGAACGGAUGGGGUUUUCGCAGAGGGAUCACCGGUAACGGAAGGCCAAGUUCAACGCGACGUUGGCGUAAGUGAUGGAGCGAGCCCGGCAGAAACACGCGUGAAGCGGGCGGUAGAGAAGGAAGCGGUUGGAGGGGAAAGAACCGCGGCAAACACCGCUUCACCGCAGACAUCACCAGAUGAACUUGAUGACGACGAACAUCGGCUUCCCAAAACAAGAAAGAUCUUCGUACAGUACGUCCCCGACAAACCGUACGCUGUCACUUACUUUGGAGCUCGGCUUCACUCUCGUGAUUGUCGUCACGUGAUCAGGGAUAUCGCUGGCUCCGGACUGGCAGAGGAAGUCGGACUGAGAAAUCAUGAUGAAUUGCUGAGUAUCAACAACAUAGAGACUGAUUUGACCAAUACAAUUCAGUUAGCAGUCCUUGAGUGUUUGGCAGAUAUCGGUACACGUAUUGGAUUGGUUAUCAAACGGCAAGAGGACCAAGACGAGGAAAAGUGGUUGUAUGCUUUCCAUCUCGACGAAAAAGAUGGACGACCGAUUGUAGCAACCAUUUCAAGGCAUCUGUUGGACAGCGGAAGUGAGGACAACUCUUUCAUUGAAUUGCUUCCGGUAGAGACUGCAUUUGAUGUGACACCGACCUAUCAAUACAGGAGGUCAGCACAAGUUCAACUCAUUGAAAUGAGGCUGGAUCGAUUCACAGAGAUCGGUAGAACACAGGCAACGUACGUUUCGACAAGACAAAACGUGACCCUGAACUACUAUCAAGUUGUAAGUGGUGGCAACCCUCCAGGAAAUCCAGUCGUCAUCUCCCAAUCCGGGUCACCCCGUAGACCGAUGUGCGUUGAGGGUGUCAGUGCGGGCGCCCUUGACGUGGUAGUAAGUUAAUUGACCUACGUGGUCGUCUUAGAUGUCGUCAUAAUAAUCGAGAAUGUUUGCAACACUGUCAUUAUUCAUCGCUUUCAACGCCGAAAAAGUCAUCAUAGUUAUCGUGAUCAUCAUCACCACCAUCAUUAUCAUCAUCACCAUC